AUUUUGCAGAACUGUUUAACAUCAGUCUUUAGUGAUAGCUCGCGCUUCUUGCUCGCACGCUCGAAUCGCAUGUCGCACGCUCGUCUGUCUCGAUUCCGACUCGACUCUCGUCUGCGUCGCUGCGUCGUCGGCAUUUUUACGAUAUUCAUAACGGAUCGUAACGUGUGCGUAUCCAUCGGUUAUCGGUGAUCGAUCGAUUUUUGAAACAGUGUUGUUAUCGACCUUUCCCAUUUCGAUUUUGAUUCCAUAUGCAAAUUCGUUGACCCAAAAUGAGUCUAAUAACAAUCGUAGUGUAAAUUCGCAAAAGUGUAUUACAUUUCACACCUUCCACACACACACACAUACACCCGCACACUCGCCCGCAGAUGAUCGUCGUAAAAAAGAAAACAGAGGCGCGCGCUUGUUCGCCAUUUGCCCGAGUCCAAGUCCAGUCCAAGUGCCUUUUCACUAAAUAAAGGUGUGGCCUAAAGUGACAACAACAACAAUAACUACAGCGAGCAGCAGUAACAACAACAACAACAUCAGCAUUUGAGCUCAAACUGAACACAAAGUCAGAUAUAACUCAUCUUUCUCAACUAUGUUCUAUAUAAAUUAGACGGCAGCAAAUUGAAAAGUUACACACGCCGCGACGUGUGUGUUAUAUACACACAGACUCACACUCACACACACACACAUGUGUCGGAUCAAUAUAGUAUGUGAUUCUAUAUACAGCGUUUGUAUGUGCAACUUGUGCAUGCUUCACGCUCAUCUAAAGUUCUAAAAGUCAAGUGCAAUUUAGCUUCGACUAACAACAACAACAACAGCAGCGACUAACGUUUUAUUGGCGCAAGGUGAAAAAAUACGACACAACUUAAAUGAUUUUUCUAUAAAAAACAAAAACAAAAACAACAACUACUAACAACAAGUAUAACAACAACAAACUACAAUUCAGUGCGCAGCGAAAAUUUGUAGCUGAAAUACGUAAAAAAUUGUUAAACGGAAAAAACGUCGAAAAGCACCAAAAAGGAAAACAUUUGCCGAUCAAUAUAUAGAGUACUAUAUAUAUACAACAUUUUAACGGCAUUUUAUUGGAUUAAAGAAAAUCACUUGACGGCACAGUUCAAAGCACGCAGUUUGGAGCAGCAAAGCUCCAAUUCAAAGCAUUUCCAAUGAUGAAUCAAGAUAAUCCAUAUGCGAUGAAUCAGACGUGCAAGGUCUGUGGAGAGCCGGCGGCUGGAUUUCAUUUCGGCGCAUUCACAUGCGAAGGUUGUAAGUCCUUCUUCGGCCGCUCGUACAACAAUCUGUCCUCGAUUUCGGACUGCAAGAACAACGGCGAAUGCAUCAUCAACAAGAAGAACCGCACCGCGUGCAAAGCGUGUCGCCUGAAGAAGUGCCUCAUGGUGGGCAUGUCGAAGAGCGGCUCACGCUACGGCCGCCGCUCCAACUGGUUCAAGAUCCACUGUCUGCUGCAGGAGCAGCAGCAGCAGGCGGUGGCUGCAAUGGCGGCGCAUCACAACAGCCAGCAGGCGGGAGGCGCAGGCAGCGCGGGACUUGGCGGUGCUGGAAGUGCCACAGCCAAUGGAUGUGUGAAGUCGAUGGGUGGCGUGCCAACGCCGUCGGCAGCAGCUGCCGCACUCGGUAUGCUGGGGCAUGCAACGGGCGGCUAUCCGGGAUUGUAUGCAGCGGGGCCGCCACGCAGCAAGGAGGAGCUGAUGAUGCUGGGACUGGACGGGAGUGGGGACUAUGGGGGCAUUAAGCAUCCUUCGCUGGUGGCCUCGCCAUCGGUGAGUUCACCCGAUUCCCACAACUCCGACAGCUCCGUUGAGGUGAGCAGCGUGCGUGGCAACUCGCUGUUGCAGCUUGGUGGUGGCAAGCACAAUGCCACAGGCGUUGGUGCAGCAGGCGAUGCAGCAGCUGGUGGCCAGCAGGCAACUGGUGGUGGCACAGCUCCUGGACGACCGCCACAACAGUUGCGCAAGGAUCUGGCGCCAUUCUUGCCGUUGCCGUUCCCCGGGCUUGCCUCGAUGCCAGUGAUGCCGCCGCCCGCCUUUUUGCCACCCUCACAUCUGCUCUUCCCCGGCUACCAUCCUGCGCUCUACUCCCACCACCAGAGCCUGCUCAAGCCGACGCCCGAGCAGCAGCAGGCAGCGGUUGCGGCUGCUGCGGUGCAACAUCUCUUCAACAGCAGCAAUGCGAGCGGGCAACGCUUUGGGCCGCAGUUGCAUGCCACAUCGCCGUUUGCAGGCCACAAAGAAGAGGCCGCUGCAAUUAGUCCCAAUCACACCAACAACAACAACAAUCACCUAAUGCCCAACGGCGGCAAGACGACGACGAUGACGACGGCCUCGAGUGCUGCUGAUGAGUUAACCAAGCGUUUCUAUCUGGAUGCAGUGCUCAAGUCGCAGCAGCACAGUCCGCCGCCGUUGGCCACCAAGCUGCCGCCGCACAGCAAGCAGGAUUACUCCAUCUCGGCACUUGUCACGCCCAAUUCGGAGAGUGGGCGCGAUCGUGUAAAGAGCCGACAGAGCAACGGCGACCCGGAGGAUGAUGAGGAGCAUGAGAGACGCAGUGAUAAGGCCGCGGAGGAGGAAGAACACGAUGUGGACGAGGAGGAUGAGGAGGAUCUGGUGGUGUCCAUGACGCCGCCACGUUCGCCAGCGCAACAGCAGCAGCAACAGGCGGAGGAGCAACUUGAGCCGGAGCCGUUGCAUGUGCAGAGCGCAGCACAGGAUAAUCCCAUAGAUCUGAGCAUGAAGACGACGGGCAGCUCGGCCAGCAGCAGCAGUUGUCAGGAUGUCGACACUGAGCUCUAUAGUGACAAUGAGGCAGCGUCAGAAAGUCACAAGGUUAACACACCUGACGAGGAGGAAGAGCAGAAGGGGAAAGAGACAGAGCCAGAGGAGGAGGAGGAAGAGGAGGAAGCAGCGCAACCAGAGCUCGAGGAUAACAGCACAUCGGAGACGGUCAAGACCAGCAUUGAGCAAUCUCACAAGCUCAACAACAACAACAAUAACAACAACAAUAAUAACAACAACAACAACAAUAGCAACACCAGUGAUAACGAGGCAAGCGAUAACAUUAAACGCAAACUGAAUGAACUCAUCCAGGAAUCAAAUGCCUCGAAUGCCUCAAAGCGUCUGCGCUUGGAUUCGCCACCAAAUCUGAGUGUCAAAUUGGCCACCUCAAACGCACUCGAUCUAACCACCAAGGUCUGACCAUAGACCAUAAAAAGAAGAUCGCUUAUCGUGCAGCAAAAUGGCGACAAUCAUCGCGUAUUUUGUUGAACACUAUGCAACAAACAUUUUGGCACAAGCUGCAGGUUAAGUUUUUCAACUAUAUCGUUAAUGAUUUCAAGAUUUUAAGAACUUAUUGUGAAAUACAAGUGCAAAACUUGUACAACAUAAUUUUCCUAAUUUGAGAUUCUUAUUUUAUUUUACACGUUUUUUAUCAUACACAAAAACCAAAAUACAAACAAUGUAUAUUAUACAAAAUUAUUUUCAAAAUUGAAUUUAAAAAGUUUGUUAUAUACAUUUAAAGCACUUUAAGCAAUUAAUCAAAAAUGCCAAAUUAGAACAAUUCAAAUUGCUAACAAAAAAAAAAAUUAUCAUACAUCUACAUUAUUUUAGGUAUAAAGCAAGCGCGUUCAAAAAUGUUGUUGCAUAGUGUGAUUUAUAGUAUAGUAUAUGGAAUGCCCUUAAAUCAAACCGCGUCCCCGUGCCCCCUUACCACUAUGCCAAAUACAAUUUAAAACACAAAAAAAAAAAACACAAAACAAAAACAACAAGCCGAGAUCGAGAUGUGAAGAUCGCGCGUUCAAUGUUAAGAACGCGGAUCGUGCCGUUUUUAAAGAUAUUAUCACAUCGUUUAAAACAACUAACUAAAUGGCAAAUAUAUGCAAAAGGCGCCGCCGUCGAAAGAUGGACAGAGAGAUGCGGAAUUAGCAUAUGUGAACCGAAAAGUAUAACAAACGGUGAGCGAGUGGCGAGUUCUCCUUAAUUAGAUGCAACGAAUUAUAAACAAAUAUCUCGAGUAUUUUAGAACGAUGACAACAAAGAAUGAAAUCGAAUCGAAUCGAAUCGAAAUCGUAUCGAAACGAUUCCAAAUCAAAUGAAAUGAGACCAGCCUAAAUUGUUGCAAAUUAUGCAAGACAGCUUAUCUGUAUCGUUUGCAUAAUAUCGUGUCGUAGUGGAAUUUAUAAUUUAUAAGCAACGUUUUUCAUUAUAGUAUAGUUAUACUACUAUAUAGCAUAAUAUAUGUUACUUAUUAUACUACUUGUAUUGUGUAUCGCGUGUGUAUCGCAUUGAAUAGAAUACCUAAAGUUUCUUAAUAGACAUACGACUAUUCCAAGUAUUUCAUAGAUCGUAAAUAAAUGUAUCUUCUUUAUAGCGAAUUUCAACUUUAAACUAUUGUAUUCGAUUGCUUUAGUUCUCGAGUUAUUAGUCACAAUUAGCAAAUUUGUAUCUUUAGCCUUAUACCUAUUAUAUCAUUAAUAUAUAUAAAUAUAUAUACAUAUAUCUAGCAUAAUACUACAUAUAUUUAAUAAAUCAAAUCAAAGCACCAAGUUGUAUAGCAUAAAUUAUUAUUCUAUUUGUAUAUUUUAGAUCUUUACUUUUUGGUAUACUACGAUAUUCUCUGUAUUUCUUUCCUCCCUCCCUCUUCAUGCUUCGUAUGCAAAUUGUGCGACGCAACAUGAAAAGAAUAAUAAAAAAAAAAAAAAAAAAAAAAAACAACAAAAUACAACAGAAAACAUAGAAACUGAGAAAAAUAUUAUUGAUAUUAAAUAAACACAAAUAAAUAUUUA